UGUGACGUCGCGCACCGGUAAGCUUCCAGUGUGUAAACGUGCACGGCACUGCACGUCCAUGAUUAUUUGGUACAGUUCUCAGAAUUGCGUGAUCACGAAAAACGAUUCACUCAAGAGCGAAACGAACGAGACACGAAAAGAAUCCGAAAUGAGGCAGGCUCGACCUAUAACGAGUAUGAUUGUGCCAGUCAUGGGGAAGGAUCCACGGUGGCUCCAAGUUGAAGUUUGCCGUGAGUUUCAAAGAGGAAAGUGUUCGCGCACAGAGGACGACUGUCGCUUUGCCCAUCCGCCGGCUCAUGUGGCCAUUCACAACGGCAGAGUUACAGCCUGUUUCGACUCCCUAAAGGGGAGAUGCCAGAGAGAAAAGUGCAAAUACCUGCACCCUCCGAAACACCUCAAGACACAGCUAGAGACAAAUGGACGCAUGAUGCAACACCAACAACAACAUCAAAUGGCUCUACAGCAGCAAACAUUUGCUCCGCUCGCUCAUCAAGCAUUAUCAAACUCCACACUUUUACCGACAUGGCCUCUAGCAGUGCCUACAUCAAAUGGUACUCUUUUACAGCAGCCUGUAGCAUUUCUACCAGACCCUAGUUCACUGGGGGGGACUCCACGCAGACUGGACAAAUCAGAUAAACUAGAGGUAUGUAGAGAGUAUCAACGCGGUGCUUGCACCAGGGAGGAGUCUGAGUGCCGCUACGCACACCCGCCACGCCACACUAGUAUUGAUACUUCGGAUGGUAUGGUAACUGUAUGUAUGGACUUUAUAAAAGGAAAAUGCCAAAGGGAAACUUGUAAAUACUUUCACCCACCAACUCAUCUGCAAGGGAGGGUGAAGGCAGCACAACAACAGCAACAACAACAACAGCAACAACAACAAAUGACAAGCGUCUCUUUAUCGUCCAUGCAGCUGCAAGAUGCCAGUCCCCGCAAGAGGGCACAUGAUACCUUAGACCUGGGGGUGCCAGAACCAUAUAAGAAACAUUCGACGUUAGAGCUUCCCCUUGUAUUAUCUACGGGUGCCUUUCAUCAGCCUUUCCCACAGGGCAUAACUACGAUGCAGUUUGCCCCUAUCAUGCCAACAGGUAUGCUUGGGCAAGUUCCACUACUCGCUGGAUUGGCUGGAGGACUGCCAAUGCUCUCAUCACAGCCCCCUCAGCAGUCAGCUCAGUUACCGGUGUGUCGAGAUUAUUCCUCCGGCCAGUGCCACCGAGAAGCCUGCCGCUAUGCCCACAUAACUGACAUACCCCUAUCUCACCCGCCUGGGUUUGUUCUUGUCAGCAAAUGUCGAGGUGGUAGAUGGGAAGGUGACGAUAUGUAGGGAUGCUAUUAAAGGCAAGUGUACAAGACCAACGUGCAAGUACUAUCAUGUCCCGCCCACAACGACGACGUCAAGUUAGAGCACAAAUGAUCAGUCCUAUGCCCUGGGACGUAAAAAUACGGGUAAAGAAAUUUUCGGGACCGCAUUUCAGGUCAAGAAAGACGACCAGGUAUCAGGAUGCCUGUGUUGGAUUGGUUCCUAUCCGAGGACAUUAAAUAUAGUAUCUAGACUGAAUGCCGAUACAAUGUAAUUAGACAUCACACAUAAGUAACUAAAAAUAUAAGUAUUUCUCGUGGCUUCAACCGAAAGAGUUAUCAAAGAAAAGAUGUCUCGAAUGUUUAAUCGACCAAUCAAAUGCAAGAUAUCACCGAUUCAGCUUAGCUUUAGUUUAGUAAGAAGACAAUAGAUAAUGUCUCAAAUGUUUAAUCCGACCAAUCAAAUUCCAUAGAUACCUGAACGGUCCAAUUAAGUUUGCGAUUGUUUAGACAACAAUACACUUUUUCAUGAAUGUCCAGUCAAAUUCUAGAUACCUGAGCGUUUCGGCUUGUGUUAGACCUUAAGACAAUAAACAUUGCACAUAAUUUCUUUGUUUGCACCAUCUCUUGGUCACACCGUAAAUGACGUUGGACAUUACGCGAGAGUCAAGCAUGUCCAUUUGAUAUUUAUAAUUGUCUUGUUCAAUCAAACAUGGCCUUGUCCGAUUUAAUCUAGUUCUAGAUAUCUGCUGAAAAGUUGGUCAUAUAUACCUACAACACUACUCGUAGACAAAAGAUUUAAAUCCAUUGGUAUAAACCAGAUGCCAACAGGUUAUGGUCACCAGUCUAUGUAUAAUGCCUUGAAAUGAAUGGUUUUCCUUUUUCUUUUUUAUUUAUAAAUCGAAAUUCAACCUGUUAUAGUGCUAGCUAUAGUUUAUAGCUAACCUAAAAUUAAGCCCUUCAUUUUCAACUGAAAGCUUCGAACUAACUCUCAGAACCCAGAUUUACUAAAUUAAUCGUUAAAAGAACAGUAAGGACAAUAAGUAUAAUCUCUUUAUAACCUUCUGACUGCAGACUGGAUGGCUAAAUGGCUGACUUAGCAUCUAGCUAUAGGCCAGCCAGGUACUACCACUCAUACAAAUUUAUGUACAAUAUCAUGGGCAUGGAAAAGCAGACGAAUUAUCUGAAGUCCCUUGUUUUGAAAUGAUUCCGCUGGACGUCGAAAUUCACCGGCCUUGUGCCAGGCAUUCCUACCAAGGUCUCUGAUCGAGCAUCCUGUGACGUCACAGGAAACCACCCAUGGGUGGGCCCGUCCUAGACCUCAACCACCUCACUGUUUAUUUCCGAGCACGAGACCUAGUAAGAACGCCUGUUAAUACAAUUCUAUAUAAUAUUGUUAUUAUUAUUUACUACGCCAAUGAGUUACAAAAAAAGCAAGUUGUUCUUAUAAAUAAGUAAUUGUUAGUACACCAAUCAGACGGAUGCUCAUAUGACUGCAGGGAUUAGAAACUUUCCACAGAAUUUCUACCCAUAACAACAUAAUCGGACGCCGAAAUGAUGGCCAACAUUUCAAGCUCAGAAUUUCGGACACGAGGCAUUUUUGCUAGCCUUCUAACUGAUCAACCAAUGGGCCAAUUCUUGCUAAUAAUACGACGGAGACGUGUGAGACGUCUAAAGUCAUCGAGCUUUCCAAGAGCCUCCCUUUAGGUUAACCACCUGUCUAGUCAUGUGGGAAUCACUCGCAAGCUUCGCGCCUCAUUCCAUUUAUGACGCGAGCCUCAGUGACAAGUGUGCCAAUAGCAGCCAGAGAAGACCCCUUCCCUCUCCCAAUAGUCCUUGACCACAUCAGUCCUUGCCCCCCCCCCCCCUCUCUGAUUUAGUCUGCUUCCCUGACCCACUUGUUAGCUCUCGAGAUGCGCGUCAGUGUAUUUUAGUCCACGUAUAUCCAACGUUCUUUGGUAAUUUAUUUUUAUAUGUUUGUUUACUGUCUGCUGACAUAGGAUAUUUCAGUUUCUUUAGGAAACUACUCAAUAUAGAAUGCUUUUGUAUUGUAAAAUAUUCUUUGCAAGCUGGCUGCAAAAAAAAAAAAGGAUUUAAAAAAAUUUCGAAAUUUGAGGUAGAGUUUUUAGGAAUUCGUUGACCAGAUAAAACUGAAAUGACUCCUCGGAGGGUUGGAACAUCGUCCAAGAGCGGUGGCAAUAAUUUUCUAUGUGAGAUGAAAUGUGACGAGACUGGCUAGGUACAUGACGAGAAAUUAAUAACUGGAACGAUCCCAUGAAAGAUUCCAUUCCGUCAUGUUGCGAUGUAAAUUCAAAAUUUAUUUGCCUCGCAGAUUGGCUAGCGAAGUUCAUGGCAAUCAUUAUGGUUCUCGCAUCCUAAUUGGUUUACUUCACAAAACUAUCAAGGUGGCCACGGUAGCGCGCGUCGCAUUGUUUUAAGAUUUGUGCCACACCCUGGUCUAUCUCGUCUUCUGUUCCGCCUAGCCAGUGGCUUGUCACGUUUACGUCAGUUUAAAAAGAGUAGAAAAUGUAAAUUUGUUGAGAGUAAAAGUAAUCAUAUUAUGUUGCUAUAUAAAGAGAGAUUUCAAAUAAAGAAUAUUCCUGUGUUUAAAAAA